AUGACAGAAGAUCAGGAUCUGAUGGCCAAAAUCAGCCAGCUUGCUGGCCAGAUUAAUAGGCACAAAACCCAACAAUCUCAACCUGAGUCCCCCUACAGUAGUGAAAUAGCUCCAGGCCACCACGUCUCACGACAUGUUCCUUACCGAGGUCGCGGGUGGGCGCCUUAUCGUGGACGACACUACGCACGAGGACGUCAUGUAGCCCCCCAUCGCCACCGUACCCUCAUCCUCAACAACGCAACAUCAGGUACACCUGGAUCGGCUACUCCAGCUGGCACGGGGACUGAUACAGACGGUGAGGCGCGAUCUGCAACACCAAACGAAUGGGUUGUGAAACGCGAUCGUCAUAUGCAGCUCAUCAACACUUCGAUAUACGACAAAGAGACACAAGCGAGGACGAAGGCAAUGGAGGAGAGUCGCCAGGCCAAGGCGCAAAAGAGAGCACAGGUCGAGCAGGCUAGAGUUUUGAAUUACGCACAGGGUGUUGGCCGAGUGCAUCCUACGGGCUUCGCGGCUCCUCAGGUGUCUACUGCAGACCCGUCAGCGGAGUAUCAGGUUUUCGUCAACGAUAUACCGUUCCGAGUGUCGCGUGGUGGUGGCAAGCUAAUCCGGGUGUCUGAUAAUCCGAAUACUGCCAACGCUACGCCAAAACGAGUGACAGUGGCAGGCGUCGCUUUUGUCCGGAGCAAGAACGGAAAUCUCCACCGUUUGGGUGCUGUUACAUCAAAAAGAAAACCAAUGACGGUCAAGAAGAAGAACGCGCUUUGCCAGCGAUUUACUACGACGGGCAGCUGCUACAAAGGACCAACAUGCCCCUAUAUUCACGACCCGAACAAGGUUGCAAUGUGCAAGGACUUCCUUCAGACUGGUCAAUGCAAUGCAGGUAUAAGUUGUGAUCUCUCUCACGAGCCUUCGCCCCACAGAUCCCCUGCCUGCGUGCAUUUUCUGCGAGGGCGCUGCUCCAACCCCGAAUGUCGCUAUGCCCAUGUUCGCGUGACCCCGGGCGCUCCUGUGUGCAGGGACUUUGCGGUUCUAGGAUACUGCGAAAAAGGUGCCGAAUGCGACCAACGACACGUUCACGAAUGCCCAGACUAUGCGAAUGAGGGCGUUUGCAACAAGAAGCGCUGCCGCCUUCCCCAUGUUGAUCGGGCCGGACAGAUCAGGAAAAACGCCGCUUCUAAGACCGAUGCUAUGGCCCAAGCGGAGGAGUCUGAUGCAUCUAGCGAGGAGGAAGAGUACGAUGAGAUUGACACGGAUGACGUCGAUUCGGACGAUCUCGAUGAGGAUGAGCCCCAACUCAUCGCGGCCGAGUCAGAUACUGGCGAGGUGUCGCAACAACAGGACUACAUCCGUCUCUAA